CUUUCAUGCAUUCUCAAGGAUUCUGUCGUGAAACUGCACGCGAGAAUUUUUUUUACACAGUGCCAUUGUUUUAGUUGAGAAGUUGAUUGUGGACCGGAAGAAUGUGCCUUGUGAUGAUGCAGUUCCAUGGGAGACAAUAGUAAAGAUACAGAGUCAUUGCAAUUUGGUUAAAUGGCCACUAAUAUCGUGAGUGAAAUAACCUGAGGCACUGAGAACUAGGCGUCGGAGGGAGGUCCGGGCGCCGAGGAUCCGGAAGGGUGCGUUUGCGAGGCAGGGGAGCCGUACGGAGCGCCAGACACCACCUGUUUCCGCGGGCAUCUGCCUCCGCCAUGCCCGCACCUUGAGCUUCCCUCCGCCUUGGAAUAUGAAGGUGUCAGCGUGGGCGUGGGCGGCCGUCGUGGCGGUGCUGGGGGCGGCCGCCAGCGAGGAGCGGCUCCUGCACAUCGGCGGCAUUUUCCCCAUCCGCGGCUCCGGCGGCUGGCAGGGGGGGCAGGCCUGCCAACCGGCCGCCAUGCUGGCUCUGGAGGAUGUGAACAAUCGACCAGAUCUCCUGCCUGGAUACAAACUCAACCUGGCGUGGAACGAUUCUCUGUGCGAACCGGGCCUCGGAGCAGCGGUGAUGUACGACCUACUCUACAAUCCGCCGACGAAACUGAUGCUUCUUGGCGGGUGUUCGACCGUCAGCACGACCAUCGGCGAAGCGGCAAAGAUGUGGAAUUUGGUUGUGCUCUCCUACGGGUCGAGCUCCCCAGCGCUGGCCGACAGGAACCGCUUCCCGACGUUCUUCCGCACGCAUCCCUCGGCCACGGUGCACAACCCGCUGAGGAUCAAAAUCAUGCAGAAGUACGACUGGUCCCGCGUGGCCAUCCUCCAGCAGGCCGAGGAGGUGUUCAUCUCGACGGUCGAGGACCUCGAGGUUCGGUGCAAGGAGGCCGGCAUCGAGAUCGUGACCCGCCAGAGCUUCCUCUCGGACCCGACGGACGCCGUGCGCAACCUGAAGCGGCAGGACGCAAGGAUCAUCGUCGGCCUCUUCUACGUGGUGGCUGCCCGGCGCGUCCUCUGCGAGAUCUUCAAGAACAAGCUCUACGGGAAGAGCUACGUCUGGUUCUUCAUCGGCUGGUACGAGGACGGCUGGUACGAGCAGCACCUUCAGGAGGAGGAGCUGAACUGCACCCGUGAGGAGAUGCGGUUGGCGGCCGAGGGUCACCUCACCACCGAGGCCCUCAUGUGGAACAAGGACAACCAGAGGACGAUCUCUGGCAUGACCGUGGGAGACUUUCGGCGGAGACUGAACCAGGCGCUCAUCGAUAACGGACACAGGAAUGGAAGCACGCCUGUGGGAUACCAGGAAGCCCCCCUGGCCUACGAUGCCGUGUGGAGCGUGGCCCUGGCACUCAACCGCACGAUGGAGAGGCUGGCGGCGAGAAACACGUCCAUCGAGGAAUUCACGUACACGAACAAGGAAAUCGCCGAUGAGCUCUAUUCCGCCAUGAACGCCACUCAGUUCCUCGGCGUUUCGGGCCGAGUCGCCUUCAGUACGGACGGCGACAGAAUAGCCUGGACCCAAGUGGAACAAAUGAUAGACGGCAAGUACAAAAUCCUCGGCUAUUUCGACGGACAGACAGACAACCUCACUUGGUACAACUUGGAAAUCUGGGUCGGUAACCUGAUCCAGAUGUCCCACCCGGCCUGCAACAACAUCACCCUGGUGGGCAUCAUCCUCUGCCUGGGCUCCAUCUUCCUGCUGGGCCUCGACGGGCAGUUCGUGAGCGAGCAGAAGUUCCCGAGCGUGUGCGGACUGCGGGCCUGGUGCCUGUCCCUCGGCUUCACCCUCGCCUACGGAGCUAUGUUCUCCAAGAUCUGGCGAGUGCAUCGACUGACCACCAAGACCAAGACUGAGAACAAGCGGGUGGAGCCCUGGAAGCUCUACGUGAUGGUCGGGAGCUUCGUGGUCGUCGACGUGAUCGUGCUGGGCGUGUGGCAGGGCGUCGACCCCCAGCAGAGGACGCUCGAAGUUUUCCCGCUCGAGGUUCCCCGGGACACCGUCGAGGACAUCAAGAUCAAACCCGAACUGGAACACUGCGAGAGUCAGCACAACACCAUCUGGCUGGGUCUGCUCUACAGCUACAAGGGCCUGCUUCUCAUCUUCGGACUCUUCCUGGCUUACGAGACGCGGAGUGUCAAGCUGAAGCAGAUUAACGAUUCUAGACUGGUGGGGAUGAGCAUCUAUAACGUCGUGGUGCUGUGCCUGAUCACCGCCCCCGUCACCCUAGUCAUCUCCUCGCAACAAGACGCCGCUUUCGCCUUCGUGUCCCUGGCUAUCAUCUUCUGCUGCUUCCUCUCCAUGGCCCUCGUCUUCGUGCCCAAGAUCGUCGAAGUCAUGAGACACGUCGAACGCACCGAAUCCACGGUCGACGGCGCCCCCAGCAAGGAGGAGGAGGAACGCUACCAGAAGCUCUUACGGGACAACGAGGAAAUGCAGAGGAUCAUCUCCGAGAAGGAGGAGAAGAUCCGGCUCCUGAAACUGAAGCUGCAGGAGCGCGCCGCCAUCAGGAGCCGCGAGCAGCAGGCGGCGGAGAACCACGUGACCGCCGUGGACACCACCCAGCAGAUGCGCCUUCGACAAGGUGGCCGUCCUGCAGUGCGAAUAGUGACUCCCGAAGGCCCGGGCGCCGACGAAAGUAUGGUGCCCAGGAUCAACUUCGAUAUCUCCGAGUCCUACUUGUGAAGUGGCGCCAUCGGAGACUGAUCUGGGACCCACUUCGAGGAGACUUCACGCUUGGCUGUCGUCGCCAGGAGAUGUCUCCUCGUGAGGCUGUGGUGUCCGAGUGUUCGCGAAGCCGUUGUGACGCA